AUGAAAAUCAAUAGACUGUCGGGAAUCGGCUGGGGACUUACUCCGAAAAUUAGAAAAUUUAUAUAUUUACAAUGCACGCAAAAGAUCAUAACAUAUGGAGCAGAAGUCUGGUAUAACGAUCAUAUAAGAACACUUAAUAAAAUAAGAAAAAUUGAAAGAAUACCCCUACUUAAUCUAACUAAAGCAUACCGAACAACAUCAACAGAUGCAUUGCAGAUAUUGGCGGGAACUAUACCCUUAGAUAUUGUCGUUAAGACGGAGGCAAAGAUCGCAAAUUGUUAUCUUCAUGAAAAAGAAAUCGACAAACAAGUGGAGUUACCUAUAAAACACCCGGCGGAAAAUAUCCAGAUACCAUAUAGACUUAACAUACCGACUGAUACAGGACUGGAGAUCUUCACUGAUGGAUCGCGACUGAUUUUUGGAGGUGAAUUUAGAGUGGGAUGUGCGUUCGUAGUUUUUAUGGACGGCCAUCCCAUAGACCAUUACACAUUUAGAUUAUGUAACAAUUCCACUGUCUACAAGGCAGAGCUUUGGGCAAUUUUACAAGCCAUUUUCUGGAUUAAAGAAAAUGAAAUUAAGGACACAAUAAGAAUAUACUCAGACUCAUUUUCAGGAAUACAAGCCUUAACUAAACCUGCCGAUAGUGACUACAUGACUACUAUAAUCAAAAACAAUUACACACAAAAUAUAGUCUUACACUGGAUUAAAGCCCAUGUGGGGUUUAAGGGAAACGAAGAAGCAGAUAAGUGGGCGAAAAAGGCAUGUGAAAAGGAAAAAAUAGACAUAUUCAAUCUCCCUUCCAAAAGAUCGGUCAGACUAGAAUGUCGAAACCAAGACGUGAUAACAUGGCAGAAUAGAUGGGACAGCUCAACCUCACAGGGCAGACAUACUCAUAAUUUAAUACCUGAGGUCUCUUAUAAAGUUCAAUAUAGCGACUUCUAUAUAAACCAAUUUUUAACCAAUCACGGCACACAAAAAGACUAUCAACGAAGAUUUCAUAAUAAACCUUUAAAUUGCGAUCAAUGCAGAGUUACAGACGACUUGGAACACAUUCUACUAAAAUGCCCAACUUAUGAACAUAAAAGAAAAUUAUACUUUCCCAAAAAUCUUAGCUACGAAAAUUUAAAGAAAUACUGGAACCAAAAAAAGAUAAAAGAGGGUAUAAGGGAAAUCAUCAAAGAUCACUUUGGAAAAAAUACACCAGAAAUAAUUUAG